AGGGGCGAUGAUGGUUUGACCCAGUAAGUGCACUAACCCAAUAUGCGUGACAUUCGCCGAGCCAGAUGAUACCAUCUGAUCUGAAUAGUGCCACGUCUCUAACAAUGUAAGAGCUGCAGACGUGUGCACACGAUAACAUAUGUAUCGUUCCUCUGCGUAAUGUACUCUUUUUUCCCCCCCUCCCUCCUCUCUCUGUGUAACUCCAUAAUCGCCCAACAAUUUUUCUGUCUUCUUCCCAGACUUUUUUUUUCCAUUUUUCUUUUUUCUUUUUUUUUUCCUUGUGGGCUAAUAAACGGGCCGGCGCUGCAAUUUCGGAAUCUGCCCUUCUCGUAUAUGGCGGACGAAAUUUUCUCAGGAGGAACCGCAACACGAACCUGCGCGAGGCGAAAACGGCGAGCCUGCACGGAGUGGUGCGAGCGUCGGCAAAAAAAAAAAAAAAUAGGAUUCAUCACGCCAUUACACUUUUGUAAAAAUGUAACGCAGCUGAUGCGGAAGGGUGAAAAAAAACGCUCAGGUGAAAAAAAAUUUAACAUUUGGAAUUUCUCAUAACUAAUUCAAUUUUUUUUUUUUUUGCGAGAGCAGUUGUGCAGUCACCUCUGGUCGGGGAGGGAAUAUUUUCUGGAGCGGAGAGCCAGUUUCGCAUGAGCCGCAUCGUUUUUGGAGAAGCACGGGCUCAGAGGAGGCGGAGUCAUGAGUGCACAAGAGGCAACCAACCCCGGGAAGGAGCAGCAGGCGGACGGCGCGAGUGCGGCCGGAAGCGUGGUCCCGAGGACCAAGACCGCAAGUCCGCCAGCCGUCACGAUAAAGAAAGAGCCCGGCACCUCGGAGACGAGUAACGGGAGGGUUGGCGAUGCCAAACCCGCUGAGAUCUGUGUUGUCAUUGGAGGAAAUGACGGAGGAGCAAGUGGAGGUGGAUCCCGUAGAUCUCAGACCGAGGGUAUGUUUGCCCUUGGUACUCCUCCUCCAACGAAGAGCACAGACUCAUGCAUAGGUUCCUAUGUCUGCGGCGUGUGUGGGAAGAAGUACAAGUAUUAUAACUGCUUUCAGACCCACGUCAGGGCACACAGAGAAUCCGAUAAUAUGGUUGCAGACGGCCUCCCCCAGACGCCCAACAUCUUGUCUCCUCACUGUAGCCGCCUUCCCAUAGGUGACAUCCUAAUACCAGAUAGCUUCCGGUACUCCUGUGACAUCUGUGGCAAGAAGUAUAAAUAUUACAGCUGCUUCCAGGAGCACCGUGACCUGCAUGCUGUUGACGAUCCAUAUGAACAGGUCGUGUUACCUGUGGACGGCCUUAAAGAGGAGGAGCCAGUUGAACCCUACCAGAAAAUUGGACCAAAAACUGGAAGCUACGUUUGUGAGUUCUGUGGGAAGCAGUACAAGUAUUUUAACCCGUACCAGGAGCACGUCGCACUUCACACGCCAAUGGGCUCCUUCGAUUUGAAGACAUCACGGUUGCAGGAGUGUGCAAGUAUGGAUAGGAGUAAAUUUGGCCACAGCCAAACUGGCAAGAUCAAAAACAGUCCGUUCAGGCGGAAACUGGAAAGUGCAAUUCAGUCUAGUCUGGUUGACACAAACAGUUCGCAGAAUUCAAGCGGAACUCCGAGCCCUCUGGUGGCCGGUACCUUCUCUACAACCCAGAAACCCUACACUUGUGGUGCCUGUGGCAUCCAGUUCCAGUUCUACAACAACCUGCUGGAGCACAUGCAGUCCCACGCUGCGGACAAUGAGAACCACACGAAAGAGGAGUCUCCCCAAACCACCUCGGCCUCCGGCGCCCAGGAGCAGCUGUGGAGGAGCUCUCAGGCUCAGGCCCUUUCCCCCGUCAAACUACCCAUUCAGCCUCAGAGUCUCCCCCAGAGGAACCACACAGUCAGCCAGAACAACGGACUACCUGAGAAGGAGCGGCAGCAGGUUGCCGAGCGCCUCUUGCGGGUCAUGUGUUCGGACCUGAGCAUGUUGAACGUGCUCAACAGCAAGGACUUCCUGAAAUUGGCACAGACCCUGGUGGACACGGGCGCUCGCCACGGCGCCUACUCCACCCGCGACGCCUUCGGCAACAUGAGUGCCUUGGCGCUGCGUCAGCUGCCCCGCAUGUACAACCAGAUCAAAGUCAAAGUCACGUGUGCCCUCGGCUCCAACGCUUCGCUCGGCAUCGCCGUCACCUGCCACUCCCAGACGUGCGGCCCGGACGCCUGCUACGUCCUCACGGCCUACCAGGCGGAGGGGGCGCGGCUGAAGCGCUACGUGCUCGGCGUGAGGGAGGCGGAGCUGAGGGAAGGUCCCGAGCAGAUCCAACACUGGGUGCAGAACGUGCUGUCCGAGUUUGUGAUGUCGGACAUCCGCACCGUCUACGUCUCCGAGCCCAAAGUGUGGGCGGCAGGAGUGGCGGGAUCCCCGCUCGGCGGCGGCGGGGGCGGCCGCGGCAGGAUAUGCUUGCGGUGCGCGGGCUGUUCGCUCGGCGCCGUCGUCCAGGCCGUCCUCGGGAAGCGCAGCCUCCAGGCCCGGGGCCUCCACGAGCUGGUGGAGCUUCUCUCAACGUGCCGGGAUAUCGCCGCCUCCGCCUCGCUGUCCCUUCGGGAGGACCACUGCGGCAAAACGUCCGCGAGCGCGACGGAGGACGGCGGCAGCACCGCGCAAAGCCCCACCCCGCCGUGCUGGGAGCGUACGGCGGAGGCCCUGCUGCAGGUCCACGCCCACUUUGAACAGAUCUGCGAGGCUUACGGACGCAGUAAGACCACGGCUCCCCUCCUGCAGGGCCUCAACAAGCACCUGCUGGGGACGCUGUCUUGCCUGCUGGCCCCCCUGCGCUUGGCCGCGCUGGAGCUGAGCAGCCAGAGGAGGCCGACCUUACAGCAGGUGCUGCCCGUGUACCUUCGCCUGGAGAAGUUUUUCACCUCCAAAGCGGGGGAGGCUGGAACCGGCACGGCUAGCAAACUCUGCCACUACUUCCUGGAAGCCCUUAAAGAAAAUUUCAAGGUCGAACGCGCCCACCAGGUGGCCAUGAUCCUCGACCCGCAGCUCAAACUGUGCUCAGUGCCGGCUUACCAGCAUGAAGACAUCGUCUCCUGCGCGUGUGAAAUGGCCGCCGAAACCCGGGACGGAGGUAUGACCGCAGGCUCGGGCGGUGAAGAGCGGGAUGCGGACGGCCCGCCGACCCCUAAGAUAAGCCGCGUAGAGGGAGGGGGAAACAACAACAACAAUAACGGCGGCACCUCAAGGGGGUUCUCCUCAUCCUGCACGGGGUCCGGGAACGAUGAGGCUCAGGUCCAGGUUAAACAAGAGAUUUUUCAAUACCUAGCUGAGCCUCUUCUCCAAGGCUCCCCCGACCUCUUCCAGUACUGGGGCUCCGCAGUGAACGAGAAGUUCCCCCGGCUUUCCCGCCUGGCCAUGUGGCUCCUCGCCGUGCCCGCCGUGGGCAUCCGCACGGAGUGCGUGACCGUCUGCGAGCAGAGCCUGGCCAUGAAGAGGAGGCAGCAGGUGACCGCUGAGGAGAUGAACAAGCUCAUCUUCCUCCGCUCCAAUAUGGGCUAGAAGAGAAACUCCACCGACCGUAAUCAACCAAACCUUCACCUCCAACCAAUGACUGAAGACUAUUUAUGUACUGUAGGCGUAGACCAACUGUAAACGUAUGUGUCCGAAACUUCUCAAGGUAUUCAGACGAAACUCCCGUUGUACAGGCAACACAAACUCAAACAAUCGGGUUAGUACAUAUUUUGUUAUUGAGAAAGGUUGUUGUUGAGUACUGUGGACAAAAUGUAGGGGUGGAACGGUAAUUCAAAAGCUUAUUUGGUACACCACUCGCGGUUUGGGAUGCACAUAUAAGCAGGAUCCGUUUCAAUGGUGCCAGCGAUUGGAUUGACUUCCAUCCAAUGAACUGCUAAUAGGCUUUAAUGCUGUUGCUGUUACUGGAUGACAUCAUUUUCAGGUAAAGUCCCCAGUUUUUUUCUGUUUGAAACUACUGUCGUCGACCUCUGAAAACCUACAUCGUUCUUUGGGGGUGACCCCCGAAUAGUCGAUUGUACAACAAUUCAAUAUAAGACUGCUCUUUGUCACAGUCAAAUCGGAGCAGUGGCGGCAAAAUGUGGCAAUGAAAUAGAGGAUCAUUCCUUAAACAACUGUGACAGAUCAUAUAUAUUCAUGAACGUUCUCCAAAAUCAACUUCGAAACCGGGGUUCGCAACGCAACAAGUGUUGGUGUUUUGGGUCUCUUGAGAAUGUCUCUCGGCUUCGCCGUCUUCUCCUUUCUGUCGGUUGAUUGCUACAAUGUGGGAAAUGUAAUUGGGACUGAAAGUUGUAUUCACAGGCGCCAAAAUCGAGCUGGAUGAGAAACCGUUCCUCUGUCAUUACUACAGAAAGCGUAGGAACAUGAAUCUGACAAUACUCCUCAUCAAUCAUUUUCCAUAUCAAGCUGAAAAAAAAGAGGAAUCAAUAAGCAAGGAAAAAAACAGUCGAACAUCAAUCUACCGUCAACCAUCACGGAAUAUUCUUUUUCCGAUAUAAACUGUCAAUACUUUUGAAUUUAUUCUUCAUUCAUCAUUUUAACACACAUCUAGUCUUCUUUAUGUGAGCGAGAUGUUUUCAUUUAUAAAGCGAUACGCUUUAUCAUAUUUUCCAACUUUACCCAUUGAAAAUGACUGGCCUCGUGACACUCCUGGUUAAUUAUUAAUGAUAAAAAAAUAAAAACCCUCUCCAGAUAAACGGGACUUUCUCAGGAAUGAGCGCACCCGAGCAGGCACCUCCACUUUCUCCUCACUUUACCGAAAAACACACCAAACUAACCUCAAUGCCAAAGUACGUACCGGACCGUGACUUUUGUGAAACGUUCCACCCCAAAUACAGUUAGUGCCAUUUGCAACAAAUGAAUGCAUGACUGAGGCUCCAUGGUUUUCAGGAUAAAAGAUUCUGCCAGUAUUAAUAAAAAUCCACUCGUUUUA